CUUCCUCCGUGUUUCCAAUUUUAUAUAUAUUUUUUUGCAAAUAUCUCUCUGGCUGGCAAAAUUAUGUCAGAAAUGAACCUUGAACUUCUGCCGGAAGAAUGUAUAGUUCAAGUGCUCUCUCGCACAUCUCCGCGAGUUGCAUGUCAGGCGUCUCUGGUCUCCAAUGGGAUCCGUGAUGCAGCUGAAUCUGAAGUUUUGUGGGAGAAAUUCUUGCCAUCCGAUUACCUGGAUAUUCUUUCAAGAUUGGUUUCUCCAUUGGAGUUCAAAUCAAAAAAGGAUCUGUUUCUUAAGCUCUCUCACCCUCUCCUCAUUGAUGGUGGCAACAAGACGUUUUGGAUAGACAAAUUUGCGAACAAAAAAUGUUACAUGUUGAGUGCAAGGGAGCUCUCAAUAACGUGGUCCAGUAAUCAUCUUUACUGGUGCUGGAAACCCUUUCUUCCGUCAAGAUUCCCUGAAGUGGCUGAGCUGAUAAUGGUAACAUGGCUGGAUAUCACUGGAAAGAUCAACACUCGAAUGCUGUCACCCAAGACAACAUACGCAGCCUACUUGGUGGUUAAACUUGCAAAUCGUGCAUAUGGGCUACAUUCAUAUCCCUUGGAGGUUAUCAUUGAUGCUGGGGACCAGAAAUCUUGGGGCAUAACUCUUCUCAGGCACAAGAAGUGUAGCAUUUGCUUGUUGCGGACACUUGACGAGGUAGUGACACCAGGAUUCUGUGAAAGGAAUGAAAGAAUCCUGCAUGAGAGGGAAGAUGGAUGGAUGGAGGUUGAAUUGGGUGAGUUUUACAAUGAUGGAAGUGAAAAGGAGGUGAAAAUGUGCCUAAGAGAGGUUGAUGGUCAGCACAUUAAAGGUGGCCUUAUUGUUGAGGGCAUAGAACUCAGACCCAAAUCAUGAUAGGAUAUUCUUGGUGAUGGCUGUUUCUUAAUCAUAUGGCCAAUAAUCCCCUUUUCUAUACUCUAAUGCAGUAAGUAGUUCAAUGUACCCAAAAAUGAAAACUAAUUUUUUUUUUUUUUUAAAAAAACACCAAAGUUUGUGA